UUACAAGGGCAUGAUGACUAUAUUACAUGUAUUUUAAUAGAAGAUUGCUUCGUGUUGACCGGAUGUGCAGACAAGACUGUCCGGAAGUGGGACGUAGGCACUUGCGAGUGCGUGUUAGUGUUAAAAGGACACACAUCCGUUAUAUAUAGAAUGAUUUGUACGGGAGACUUCAUCUUUACUAGUUCUUACGACAGAACAGCCCGUUGUUGGGAUUUCGAUAAUGGAGAGUGCAUACGGGUGUUUCGGGGUCACAAAAGGGGCGUUUACCCUUUGAUAUUUAUACCAGCGGAUGAAGAAGAACUAGAUAGUGGUGAUUUGGAUAAUGAUAUUUUGAUUACAGGAUCAGCGGAUUUUACAGCGCGCACAUGGAAUUUUGAAACUGGUAAAGAAAUUCGGGUAUUUAAAGGACAUAAAGGUGCCGUGACGUGUAUGUCAGUGGAUCCGACAGGUCGUGUGUUGUUCACCGGAAGUACAGACUUUACAAUCCGCAGUUGGGAUUUAAAUAAAGGCGCGGGCAUGAAAACGUUUGAAGGUCAUCAAGGUUCUGUGAUUUGUAUGCAGGUAGUGAAUAAAAUAAUGUACACAGGAAGUUCAGACCACACUGGUCGAUCCUGGGUCACUGAAUUUGGCGACUGCACACGGAUUUAUAAAGGACACCGACAUACAGUUAGUGUCAUCAAAGUUUUCGACGGCCUGGUGUACACUGCAUGCGGGGACGCUAUAUGUCGCUGUUUUGACGCUAAAAGUGGAGCCCCCAAGCGAGAAUUUAAAGGGCACGAAAGCACAGUGACUGCACUUCAGGUUUAU